GAAAAGCUAAAGUAGACGUUAGAAGCAAGAUGGGUCAUACUCCGCUCAUCAAUGCUGCUUCUAAAGGUUAUAUGACCAUUGUAGAAUAUUUAUUAGAUGAAGCACACGCAAACCCGCUCAUCAAGAACAAUUUUGGUGAAGCUGCUUAUGAUGUGAGUGCAGCUGCAGGUGAAUCAUAUAUUUGUGAAAUGUUGGAAAAAGCAGGUCGUAAAUGGUGGCAUCUUCAACACACAGAAGGUAAGCACAACACUAUCUGCCACACUCCUACUCAACAUCAUGUUAGGCGUUUUGAAUCCCGGCAACAAGCGUGCUUCUAUGUUUGGUGCAACCUAUGAUCUUUUAGAGUUCCAUGUCACAGUCAUUGUGAUUCUUCAUGAAAACCAGCGUUCUACUUCUCUGUUGGGUCUUUCACGUCCCCAGUUUAGUGAAGCGUACUUGACCAAAGCGGAUACGCGUGGUCCAUGGUCUCUUCAUCCUUCAGGCGAGCCUUCUUCUAAAGAGAUGGUUGUCUUGCCUGCCACAAGCACGAAUAAUCAUCGGAUCAGUAAUUUGUCCAACUGGUUUUGGUUGACAGAUUGGCAGAUUGAUUAUAGUGAUCCUCGCGUGGAUCCUACUUCAGGCUGGCAAUAUGCUCGUUCAUUUUCGGAUGAAGAUCCCGCUUGGACACCUGUGGCUCCUACAAGUGGGUAUAAUUGGGUAAGAAGAAGACGAUGGGUACGCGUUAUGAAGCGCCGAAUGGACUUGACCAAGGGAAGUCAUCGUGGUGAAAAUAUGACAAUUGCCAACGACUUGGAAGAAGAGGAGGAAGAAAGCGGCCAUUCACAAGAUGACCAAGAUUACCUGCUCAAGGCCGAGAAAGUCAUCCAGUCUGUCAAGUCAGACAUGAAUUCCGAUUUAGACACAAGUAAUACUGAAGUAUUGCGACAAGAUAUUACCAAGUAUAAAGAAGCCAUUGAUAUUCUAUCAGAAGCUAUCAAGAGUUGUAUAGCCGAUGACAAUGAGUUUAGAAUACAUCAAGCGUCUACUUUAGUUCGUUCUUAUAUAGCACAUAUUGAAAAACUUCAUACUAAGAUUGGAGAGCUUGAAACUUCCAACUCAAUAACUGAACCUCCUAGUUUAACGCUUGAUUUAGACGAUGUUGUAUCGACCAAUACCAACCCAUGGAGUAACAGUUUAAGUUCGGCUACAGAGGGUCGCACUGUGCAUUGGGCAGCUUCACCUCAACAGCUCAACUCGGUCGAUCUCUUUACAGCCGAAGAACAACAGCAUACACGAGUUUGGGAAUCAGACACAAACGCCAAAACAUGUCGUAUUUGUGUUCGAAAAUUCGGCUUACUUUUAAGAAGACAUCAUUGUCGUAAAUGUGGUUUGGUUGUUUGCGAUAAAUGUUCGCCUUACAAGGUCUUUUUAAACCCUUCUGAUAUCUUGCAAGAUCCUGAAGGCAUAUUAGAAUCUGUCAGCGUACUAGCCACUCGUCAACAACGUAUGUGUGAGAAAUGCUACUUUCAAGACAACAUGAUUACUAGCAACUAAGCUUAUGAUGUAUACCCAUUCCCACUCAUUUUAUAUAUAUUUAUACAUAAUAACACAUACCUUUUCUCUUUCGAUAUAUAUUCCCUCUCUCUUUUUUUCUUUCUGCAAAAUAAAGUGUGACAACUUUCCAAAAAGUCAAAAACAUCAAAACAUCUCUCAUUUACAAAUUUGGAACAUG